AUGGCGGAUAUUUCGGUCGUAUCCGGGGACAUCUGUACCAAGCUCGGAGAAGGACCAACUUGGGAUGCAGCUACGCAAAAAUUAUUUUUUGUGGACGCCUUAGCCUACAGUGUGCAUGUGUUAGAUGUUGAAACGGGAAAGGUAUUGAGAGAAACAAAAAAAGUAGCUGCAAAGUUUACUUCGGAGGAAGUGAUAGUUGUACGUCUAACAGCAUAGAGGAGAGAAGUACUGGCAUUUGAUGCCGUAAGAUGACUUUCUAUUCUAUAGUUUUACCCAAAUAGAGUUUAUUCCUGCUGAGUUAAAUGCGAUAGAAGGGAGGUGUACCUAAAUACCCGGAUUGAUAAACUUCCGGGGCAGGAAAACCUCACCAAUUUAAUAUAGUAAUAUCUUUUCCUUGUUAUUAGGCUAAAAAUUAUCAGCUGGAUGGAAUAGUUGGAUGUGGUAAGCCUCAAUUGAAUAUCAGAAGUAAAAAAUCAUGUGAUGUACUUUUUAUCUUUUUAAGAGUUUAUUUGGCCCACAACUCGUACCCUAAAUUGGAGACCAUGGUAAAAAGUUUUAAAGCUAACGUUUUGGGUGUUAGCCCUUUGUCAGAGGAAGUAGAGUAGUUAUGGGUUGUGUGUGGUUUGUAGAAAGAUGGAGCUACGCUGGUGACAUGAAAAACAAAGAGAUAAAUUAGUGUAACUUAGUAUAAUCAAUCGGGUUGAUUACAUAAAUUGGCCACCGUAAAGAGUUUCAAGGCUGAUGUUUCGAGCAUUAGCCCUUCGUCAAAGUGGAAAACUUGAAAUUCUUUACAGUGACCAAUUUACGGUGGCCAAUUUGCAUUAUCAACUCUGUUGAUAAUUCUCAGUUAACCUGUUAUACUCUCCCACUGAUGCAGAUCACAGUUCCUUUAGAAACUUAAUUACCCCCUUUAAAAAAAUAAGUUCAUUGAAUGGAAAGCAUUUGAAGAUACAGUGGGGUUUAUAAGAUUGCCAAUUUUAGAAUAUUAAUUUAGCUCAAGAGUUUUGUUGACAUGUACUGUAGAAUGUUUGUUUGUUAAUUACAGUAUGUUGAUUAACAGAAAAAGUUUUGAAUUUUUGUUUGGUGAUGGUGGUUAUAUAAUAGUUUGACUCUUGUCCCAUGAAUGCCUUUCAUUAAUUUUUUUUCCACAUUUUUUUCUCAGUUGUUCCUAGAAAGAGAGGUGGUUCUGUUAUUCUGGCAUGUGAGAGGACUAUAAGGUUUUUAGAUCUUGAGGUAGGCUGAGUUUUAUACCAUUUAGUUUAAUACCUUGUUCAAGAUAUUCUGAAUGUGAACACUUGUAGUAUGUUUAAAUAUUUCAUCGAUAAUUUUUUACAGACUGGGCAGCAGGAAAUAGUUGCUACAGUUGACGGUAAGUUUGUAAGUCUUAAUUUCAAUUUUGCUAUGUAUUACACCCUAACAUCAAUAUCCAUAAUCUCAAUACUCAUCUCUACACAUCUCCUUUGGUAUUAACCAGGAGAAUUUGUUCAACAAUCAAAGCUUCUCAGAUUGGUGAUUAUUUCCCUUAUUCUCAUGAUCCAAAUGGAUGAUUGAGCAAAACUGCUGUUAGGUGAAAUUAGAUGCUGGGUUUAUAUGAGGUAUUAGUAGUGGUUAAGAAGUGCACUAGAAUUUUAGAAUUUUUUUUUCUAAUGUGUUGUCUGUUCUGCAGAAGAUAAACCAGAAAAUCAUUUUAAUGAUGGAAAGUGUGAUCCAGUGAGUAACCAGAUUACUACAAAAGUUACCGCCUAGCUGUACUUGAAAUGUUGGUAGUUGUCAGAUAUGUUUGUUUAAAUUAUUAUUUUAAACAAAGCCAAUAGGCAUUGUUUAAUGCAACAAAACUGCAUUCUUAACCACGUUCAAUUUAGUCAAAUCUUUUAUCUGAACAUUUAUCUUUUUGAACUGUGUCAAGGGGGCUGACAGCUAACAGUAGAAAGAACAUUUAUUUGGUUAACCCUUUAACUUCCCAAUCAAAUUUGCAAUUCUCCUUACUAUCAACCAUACAAUUCUUAUAAUGUUAGUUGAGAGAAUUUAGUAUUGGAUCAACUCAUUAUCCCUAACUAAUUUUUUUUUAUUCUCAUCACUUGUCUGCUUGAUCAAAUUGAUAUUGUAAGGAGAAAUUCUGUCUUGGUCACUUUUAUGAGGUAAAGGGUUAACUCAAUCCUCUUACAGGGAAAACCUAAGGCCCACUGAUUGGUUAAAACCAUGGUCUCAGUCAGACCUUGUGUAAAUAACCAACCCUUUGUGUUUUUCAUACUUCGUUAUCUAUUGUGCAACUUGUAAAUUUUGUGGGAGUUACAAUUAUCUUGAAACAGAGACAAAUUUGUAGGGUGCAAGAUGUCAGAAAUGUCUGUUGGAAAAUAAUUUUUGCAAUUUCUUAUUCAAGCAGAAGAAUAUCAAGGAUUAAGGAAAUGCAACAUUUUCAAAUUUUGUUACCUGGGCAGUCAUGAGGAUGGUAGAUAACUUGUAGUUAGACAUUUCUAGUGCUCAUGCAUGCAGGGCAUAGUUUUGCAGAUAACGAAAAAUCUAAAAACAACGUAAAACAUGCGAAAUCUUUUUGCUUUAUGUUUAAGUGAUAAGAUACAGAAGGCUUACUAUCCUGAUGUGAAAUAUAAAUCCUCUUUUUUUUUGCAAGGCAGGAAGAUUUUGGGUUGGCACAAAAGGCCGGGAAACAGGUGCAGGAAUUCUCCCUCCUGAGCAAGGGUCUCUGGUUAGUAUGUAUGAUGCUGAAUGCCUUCUAGUUAAAACUGAAUUAAAACUGUGAAUUUUUCUUUGGAAUUAAAUUGUUAAUUCCAGAAGUCAGUGGCUGGAAGGGCAGUUAAGAUUGUUUAAUUGUUCAUUUGCUUAUUGGCCAUUUGUGAUAUAUGUGUUAUCAUUUUUUCCAUUUCAAGGUCAAAGUGUAAAACCCUCUAACCCCCAGAAGUGAUUAACGUGUAACUUUUCCCUUCACAUGCACACAUUAAUGAGAAUAUUCAAUCUUAUCAGGUACAUGUGGAAGUUAUUAUAAUUCUUGACCUAACAACAAAUUCUCGUGACUAACUUUCAAGGAAAUGUGUAGCAGCAAGAGGGAAGAAUUAACAGUCAGAUCUUGGGAGUUGAAGGGUUAAUGCCAUGUUGUGGCUGUAAGUGAAUUACAUUAGGAAAUCUAAAUUAGGCAAAUAUGACAAUUAUUUUUAUUAAGUUCUAAGUGUGUUUUGCAAUUUCAGUUUUCACUCAAUGGUGACAGAAAGCUUACAAAGUGGAUAGACAAGGUGCCUAAUUUUAAUUGUGCAUGUUAGAGAUUUGUUAUUACAUCAUGCAUGCUAGGUGCACCAUGCAUCUCGGGUUUGGUUAGAGCAUGAUUUUGUUUGCAUGGUGAAUGUGUUAGUGAAUCAAGUUAAGGAAGGUCGCAUUCCAUCAUACUAAGCCAAUUCUCACAUGAAACAGGUAACCAAUUUACAAAACCCUUUCCUUGAGGGAUGCCUAACAUGUGCAAUUUAUACUGUGAUGAAUAUUAAGUUAGUGUAUAAAAUCAUCCAUUUAUUGCACUGCUGUGAUCACAAACUUCAUGGAACAACACAUUUACCCAGAGACAAGUUCAGUGUUCCUUUUUCAUGAGUUAAAUCAAUAUUGUGAAGAAAUGGACAGAUUGAUGCAAGGCAGCAAAUUAACUUUAAAAGUUAAUGGAAAAAUUGAUCAAUUUUAAUCAUAGAUAUUUUUUUUCUAGAUAACAAUAUCUAAUGGCAUGACAUGGAGCUUGGAUAAGAAGACAUUUUAUUACAUAGACACAGUGACUAGGUAUAGUCCUUUUAGUUUUUUACCCAAUUCAGUGUGUUUAUAUGAUUAUUUUUAUGAUAAUAUUAAUUUUUCUUUUUUGAAGUGUGUCUUAUUGGUGCCACAUAUAUCAAAUUGAAGAACUGCAGUGCAGAUUGAUGGCAUGACUGAAAAUAAUUUUUAAUCCCUUCUAUAGUAAAAUUGAUGCUUUUGAUUAUGAUCAUGAAGCUGGGGCCAUAUCAAAUCGCAGAACUGCAGUGCAGAUUGAUCCAGCGCUUGGGGUAAGCUUGCAGAUUAUGUGUCAUGCACUGCGUGAAAAAUGUUUAAAAAUGUGGGACAGAAAGAUGUUUCUUUGACUUGUUGUGACCUUCUUACAAAGAAAAAAUUAUUAAUCCCUUUAAAGAAUCAACCCUCAGAGUUCUACCAAAGAGCCAGAAAGACUUUUCAGAGAACUAGGUUGAUAAUUUGUGCCAUGCAUUUCACAUACUGUCAGAACUGUUAUCAGAUUGCUCAUAUACCAACAAUAUUGAGAGCCUUGAAUAUAGAAGGAGACUUGGAAAUCUUUAAUGUCUCCAAUCCUGUUUGACCUACAUGCACAGAUCUCAUGAAAACUGUUUCAACAUUAAUUCUUGUCUGUAAAGUAACUGUAUGCAAUGGACAUUAUGAUUAAUUUGUUGGGGUUUUUUUUAGUAUCCAGAUGGUAUGACAAUUGAUUCAGAAGGAAAGCUUUGGGUAGCUAUGUAUGAUGGAUGGAAAGUAAGCCAAUCUUAUAAUCAAAUAUGUAGUAACAGAAGAUAAAAUAUAUAUUUUUUUAUCUAUGGUGAUUAUGUUAUACGUGUACUUGUGGUCCUGACCUUUGAUCAGAUUAAUGUACAAUUGCUGUUAAUUGUUCAAAUGUAUCUGAAAUCAGUGGUCUCAGCCUUGAAGGAAUGUUCACAAAUGUAUAUAAUUUUAAGACAGUGGAAAUUGUGAGAUAUCUUGACAAGGCGGGGGCAGGGGGGGAGGGAGGUAUUCAUAUACAUCUGUCAGUGACAUGAAGAAGGGGAGGGUGUUCAUAUACAUCUGCAAAUAACAUGAGGUUUCUAUAUCUCUGUCCCUUUAUAUUUAAGCCAACAGGUCUUUUUGAUUUAGAUUUCAAACAGUUUUCUUUUGUCAAUGAUUAUUAUAAUACCACUUCCAAUAAUUACUCGUACUGUACCCAGGUUUGGGGGCUUCUCAUUAUAUAAGCUAAAAUUGUAAUUGUAUUUGUCUUUAUUGUUUGAAACCAGUAAUAUUGUCUUUCUCAUCCCUUUUUAUAAAGGUAGUGAGUUUCAACCCAGUCUCUGGUGCAAUGCUUAGAAAAGUAGAUAUACCUGUUGCCAAGGUGACAUCUUGUUGUUGGGGUGGACCAAAUCUAGAUGAACUAUUUGUUACAUGUGAAAGGUACAGCAUCCAACUACUUCUUACAUGAAAUUAUUUUUGAAUUUAAGGUACAUAAAUAAAGAGUGAUGCACAUGUAUAAUAUUUUGCCAUUCUCUAUCUUCUGUAGAACGCUAUUCUUUUCAAAUUCUAUUUAUUUAGCUGAGACAAUCACUAAUCUUGCGUAGUACACACAACUGUGAUAUUUAUUGAAUUCCUUUCUCUCCCUCUCUCCUACUGUUAGAAAGUUCAUUUCAUGUAACAUUUUUUUCUCUAUUUAGCUUGAGGUUAUCUCCAGAGGAAAGGAAAUCUCAACCUCUGGCUGGUUCUGUAUUCCGAAUUAAGAAUCUUGGGACAGGUGGAUUACCAGCUAAAGCAUUUGAUGGUUGA